AGACGUAGAAAACUUGGUUUUACAAAUCCUAACAUUGUACUUUUUCGUGAGUAGUGUCUUCAGGUGCCCAGAUUUGCACUGCAGGUCUCACCACCUCCACUAGUUCUUCCCCGUUCUCUGCCGGCAUGGGUGGAACGAGUCCGGAGGGGGAGAGACACAGCCGAUCUCCACAAUCAAGGUCACGUUCUAGGUCACGCCUGGAGUCCGAGUCAAGACGGGGUUCCCACUCUCGUUCUCCAGCAGGACGAAGACGUUCAUAUAGCAGGUCACGCUCACGCACACCGCGCCGUCAUCGAUCUAGAAGUGGCUCUCCACGUAAUGGUUAUAGUGGAAGCAGCAGGAGCUAUUCGCGUCGUAGCCGAUCUCCAAUGUCAAAUCGUCGUCGACACAUUGGUACCCGAGAUAACCCUGAACCUUCCAAAUGUCUGGGGGUUUUUGGACUCAGUGUCUAUACAACAGAAAGGCAGUUGCACCAGAUUUUUGAUAAAUUUGGACCCCUAGAAAAAGUUCAAGUUGUUUUGGACUCAAAAUCUCAAGUCAGCUGCGCACGACAUCACUGCAGUGACACUGGUAAAUCCCGUGGUUUUGCAUUUGUUUAUUUUGAAUCCCUGAAAGAUGCUUCAGAGGCAAAAGAUGAGUGCUCUGGCAUGGAGAUAGAUGGGCGACGAAUCAGAGUAGAUUUCUCCAUAACAAAACGUCCACACACACCUACCCCGGGCAUCUAUAUGGGCAGGCCCACAUCACAAAGAGGCUAUGACCGAGGCUACAGUGGUCGAGGAGGAGGUGGUGGUGGAGGAGGACAUAGAGGUGAUAGGUAUCGUUCUCCAUCACCACGUUACAGAUCUCGCAACAGUGGAAGACGUGAUUAUUAUGACCGAGGGUAUGAUCGGGGUGAUAGGUAUGAUCGUGGGUAUGAUCGUUAUGAUAAGUCGUAUGACCGCUAUGACAGGUCAUAUGACCGAUAUGAUCGAUCAUAUGAUAAGUAUGAUCGCUAUGAAAGGUCAAGAUCUCGCUCAUACUCCCCACGGAGAUACAAGUAUUGAUGGUUGUGGCCAAAUUUUGUGGUUAGAUGGUAGAUUUUCCAUUUUCUAGCAUUGUGAAUGCUUGCCAUGUAUCAGUGCCGCAGUUGGUGCCACUCUUAGUGCCACAUCAUCUACGAAAGCAACGUUAUCUGAGAUGUCUUUCAUAUUCAUUUUGUCCUCAAGUUGUAAAGCCCUUCUCAGUAGCAUUAACUAGCAUUUAGUAUAUUAUUCUUUGCUUUGAGGAUAUAUUUUUUAAAAAGGUAUGGCAUGACAGUUUUUCUCUUUAUUUGUUCGUAUUACUAGAUUUUUUAAAAGUUUCAUGGACAGAAUAUCAAUUAAUUUUUUCUUUUUGUGAAUUUAGAAGUUAUUGAGGCCUUUUUCCAAGUUUGGUUGAAGUUUGGGUGCCAUCAAGAAUUCUGUUUAGGUCCUUGUGUAUGUUGUCUUACAGCUUUUGACAAAUUUGUGUUUUGCUGUACUGACUUUUAUGUUUUGCUGGACAUUGCCAUGAGUGUUUGAGGAAAUCCUUUAUAAAUUCAUGCUCUCUUUACAAAUUCCAAUGUCAGUCUCAGUCAGUACUUAGCAAUUUUUGAAGUGUAUUUGUUACAGAGAGUGUAUUAACACUAUAAUGUUUACGUAACAAGUAGGUAAAUAACCGAACAGUGUAAUUGAGAAAUUCCUUUUUUGAUCUUGAGAAAUUCAAGAUGAAUUUAUAAAAGUUUGGCUUAGUUUUUUUGGUGGUCAGAUAUUUAGCAAUGCAAUUUGGAAUACUGUUUACUGUAGUACUUGUUGAUAGAUCUAGAGUUGAAUUUGUAUAUUUUGGGUCCUACAAUGUAGUUUUCAUACAAUCUAUUUGUUGCAGUAUCCAUUGAUAAGGGAUUUGUCUUUCCAUGCAACUGUUGUACAGUAUUUUUUUCAUUAGGUUGAUCAUGAUUGUAAAAUUCAAUUUUUGCAGCAACUUAACUGUGUAAAAUUCAAGUUUUGUAGCAAGUUAACUACUUGAGUUUUCAGUUGGCGAGAAACAUACUAUUUUACUGUUAAGUUGACAGCAUUUUGUCAAUAGUUAUUGUUAAGGUGGAAAAUAUAAUGAAUACCAUAAAUUCGAUGUUUUGCAUAUGAAAGCCUGUGUUUAGAUUUAUGGUCUCGAAAUGGUUAAUAAAUCUGAACCUCAAAUGAUUGCACAUAAAAGACUUUACUUAUA